AUGGAUAAACCCCGUCUUGAUCCAACAUCGGGAAAACUAACCGAUGAGUAUGCGAGCGAGUACACUCUGUUAGAGGACUAUGGAAUCACUUGUAUAGGAAUGGAUUUAUGCCAGGAUACAAGAUUUGGUAUAUGCACGGAGAAACUGAAUCAAUGCCCGGAGUCUAAUGAUUAUCCGGAGUUUCCGGAGUUGGAUGAUAUCCCAGAGAUUUCCGCGGUUCUGGAGAGUUCUUCUCAUACUCCUCCGUCGUCUGAUGCAUUCUACACGAGUAUUAACAAUUUACUCGGUGAGCCCGGACGAGAGUUAUGCACACCGCUUGAUCCACUUCGGCGAGGAAAUGCGACUUGGUUUGGAUAUUCGAACAACGGGAUUAGCAAGUGCAUUUUGAGAAUGCUGCAUUCACUCCUUAAGAAACCGUACAAGACAUUUUCUGUCAUCCCUAUCGAAGAGAAAAACAUAUGGUUCAAACAGUUUGCGCAAGAGUUUACAUGGCAUCCAAACCGCACAAAGACUGUGGAGGGCUUGUUUCUUGCUGAGUGUGCUACGCAAUUCUCAAGAAACAUGUACGAGUGGAAACAGAAUUGGAGGAAGGGGAAAGGCAAACCGAAAGGGUUGAAUGCCACUGUCUGGAAACUCUACAUCCCAUAUUGGGAAAACCCCGAGACGGAGAAGAAAUCGAAGACUAAUUCCACAAACAAAAGGAGUGACCGAAAAGGCAAAGGGCAAUAUGUUCACAACUCCGGAUCGACGAGCUUUUUGAGUCAAGAAGACCAAAUGACUAGAGAGGCUGGAGGAGUGCGUCCAGAUCAUCUUCAGUUGAUGAAGAAGGUGCACACAAAGAAGGGGAGCAAUGUGAUUCAAGAUCCUCUAAUGAAUGAAAUUUAUGAGAAGGUGACGCAGACCAUCGAGAGUAGUCAACAGUCACAAGGUGACUCCUCAUCUCCCGUCAUUUUGUCGCGCGAGGAAAUCAACCGUUUGGUUCGCGAAGAGCUUCCGUUGAAGAAAGGACGUCGACGUGGUUUGGGUAAUGUUGUCUCAAGUCAAGAAUCUUUCGGUUCUUCUUCUUAUCCCGAAGAUAUCGUCGAGCAAAACGAAGAGCUCAAGGCAAAAGCAGCGGAUUUGGAGCACAAGUUAGAUGCAACACAACAAGAGCUCACUACGACCAAAUCGGAGCUUACUACAACCAGAUCGGAAGUCGCAACCAUGGCAAGUUGGAUGAAGGCGAGGUUUCCUGACUUCCCGGGAUUCAGAAGUUCGGGAACGGAAAAUCCAGAAACCUAG